AUGGGCUCUUGUCAGAGACAGGCCAUUCCUCCUAUACGGGGACGGACGUGGCGGGAUCAUUUCCCGGCCGGAGAUCUUUGGGUCUUUGGUUAUGGUACGGACCAUCGCGGAACCCCAGACUCUCCUGGACGUGUUGUAACCGUGAUUGAACGAGAAUUCUGGGAGACACUGGAUGAUCCGCACUCUCACCUUGAACCGCCCACAACAACGGCAAAAGUCUGGGGCGCAGCAUACCACAUUCCAGCCUCUCAUGCCGAAGAAGUCCACCACUAUCUCGACAUCCGCGAAAUAGACGGUUACACAGUCCACUUCACGCCUUUCCACCCCGUUUUCCCCGUCUCUGCAUCAACGGUCUCCGGGGGGGACCCAGAAACCAUCCAAGAAGCCGCAGCGGGAGUUACAACCCUAGCCACGAAGACAGAAGCGGAAAUAGAAACAGCAAAAGCAGGAGAUAUGUCGUUAUCAUCGUCAUCAUCCCCAAUAACCUGCAUGGUAUAUAUCGGUCAACCCUCCAAUCCGCAAUUCCUCAGAGACCCUGCUCGUCGAGAGCCCCAGGAUAUCGCACGGGUCAUCAGUUCCAGCAGCGGGCAGAGCGGGAAAAAUUCAGAGUAUCUUUUCCUUCUCGAGAAAGCUCUGGAGGGGAUUGGGUUAGGUAGUGCCGAUGUUCACGUUACUGAUUUGGUGAGGAGAGUGGAAGCCAUUGAGCAGGGAUGCGCGGUAGUUGAGGAGAAGGAGGCCGAAAGUGCUGUCAGGAGGUCUCUAAGGAGGUCUUUGGAUGAGGCACAUUCGGAUUUUCCUAAGACUGAGUAG